AUGUCCGCCUCCAAGCUCUUUCAGUCUGUCCGUGUCGGCGACAUCGCCCUCGCCCACCGCGUUGUUCUUGCCCCACUCACGCGAUUCCGCCAUACUGACCUCACGCACGUUGCACUUCCUAACGUGAAGGAGUACUACGCUCAGCGCGGCAGUACUCCUGGAACGUUGCUGAUUUCAGAGGCGACCUUCAUCGCGCCACAGGCUGGAGGAUAUAAGUAUGCCCCUGGCAUCUGGAGUGACGAACAAAUCAAGGGCUGGAAGGAGGUCACGGAUCGCGUUCACGCUCAGGGUUCUUACAUCUAUCUUCAGCUGUGGGCACUCGGACGCGCUGCAGUAGUGAGCGAGCUGAAGGAGGAAGAUUCUUCCUUCGAAUACGUCGCCCCGUCUGCAGUUCAGCUCUCUGGGCACCCCGAAACCCCGCGUUCGCUCACCAUACCUGAGAUCAAGCAGUAUGCGCAAUGGUACGCGACGGCAGCGCACAAUGCUGUCCAGAAGGCAGGGUUCGACGGCGUCGAAAUCCACGGCGCGAACGGGUAUCUCAUUGAUCAAUUCUUGCAAGACGUGACCAACAAGCGUACGGACGAGUAUGGCGGAAGCAUUGAGAACCGCGCUCGAUUUGGCUUGGAGGUCGUUGACGCUGUAGUCGCAGCCGUAGGCGCGAAGAAGGUCGGCAUCCGCCUGAGCCCCUGGAACCAGUUCCAGGAGAUGCGUAUGGAAGACCCCAUCCCUCAAUUCACCUAUUUCGUCAAGGAGCUUAAGGCCCGUCACCCGGAUUUUGCCUACAUCCACCUCGUCGAGCCGCGGGUGGUGGGGACCGAGAACCGCGACGAGAAGGACAUCGACCCGCGCGAGCAGAACGACUUCCUGCGCGAGAUCUGGGCUCCGAAGCCCUUCAUCUCUGCGGGAGGGUAUAAUCGAGAGCUCGCGCUGAAGGUCGCAGAGGAGAAGGGCGAUCUCAUUGCUUUCGGGCGGUUCUUCAUCUCGAAUCCCGACCUUCCCCGUCGUUUGAAGGAGGACAUUCCCCUCACUCCGUACAAUAGGGCCACAUUCUACCUCAAGGGAGAUUCGAGCCCGACCGGAUACACUGACUAUCCCUUUGCUGAUAAGGCGACCAAUUAGAUUUGUGUGCAACUUGUAUAUUAGAUGUCCAUAACAAUAUAAUGAAGAUAAG